AUGUCGUUGGCUAAGGGUGUAGCCGGUGGCAUACUAGCAAUUCUUGGGGGCGGAGGAGCGGUUUAUGGCUAUAACUUUGUAAGUUUAAUUUUUUGUUGUUUUUACUUUUGUUUUUAGGUAAAAUUAGUGCGAUUAGGAAGAUAGAGGUGUGUUUGUUGUUUUAAAAACGAUUUUGAGGCAUAAAACAUUCGUCCAUGGUCAUUUUUAAUCAAAAUUAUAUUAUCCCUGGUGAUCAUAUGGGUUUUUUGAAAUUUGUAUGUAUGGUGUAUAAAUAUGGGAGAUUUUGAACUAGUAUAAGGAGGAAUGGACUGUCUGACAACCGUACUUGCUUUCUAGACUAUAAAUAACUUUUCAGACCCGCGAAAUUCACAUGAUCAAUCAACAAAGGGAUGAAAAUGAUGCUUUUGGUGUGAAGAAGAUCGAAGAGGCUUUCCAGAAGCUGGAAGAAUCCGAUUCGAAGUCAUUGCUCAAAAAACACCUUACCAAAGACAUUGUUGACAAGCUCAAAUACAAGAAAACUCAACUGGGAGCAACUUUAUACGAUGUGAUUCGAUCUGGAGUCUACAAUUUGGACGCUGGAGUUGGAGUUUAUGCGCCGGACUCUGAGAGUUACAGAACAUUUGCACCGUUGUUCGACAAGAUCAUUGAGGACUAUCAUGGCUUUGGACCGUCGGAAAAACAGCCACCAGUCGAUUUGGGAGAAGGUCGAGUAAAAGAGUUUCCGCCACUUGAUCCUGAAGGAAAAUAUAUCAAAUCCACAAGGUAAUUGAUUUCUCUUGUUUCUUUGGUUUUUAGGCACAUCAUUCAGUGAUUUCUGGGAGAAAUUUAUGUUAUUCUUCUUUUUGAUGGCUAAAAUAAUAUCAUUCUUGCAGAAUUCGAUGUGGUCGAAGUUUGAAGGGAUAUCCUUUUAACCCAUUGCUCACUUCGGAUGACUAUUUGAUCAUGCAACAGAAGGUGAAGACCGCUUUGGGAAAGGUGAAGGACGAGGACCUCAAGGGGACGUAUUAUCCAUUGGAAGGAAUGAGCAAGGCGACCCAAAACCAACUGAUUGCCGAUCACUUUUUGUUCAAGGAAGGCGAUAGACAUCUUCAGCAUGCCAAUGCUUGCAAAUAUUGGCCAAAAGUAAGAGAUUUGGAUAUUAUUUUUGCUGAAUUUAGGUGAUGCUCGAUGAGUAAUAUAACUAUUAUUCUAGGGAAGAGGAAUUUUCCACAACAACGCCAAGAACUUCUUGAUCUGGGUCAACGAAGAGGACCACAUGAGAAUCAUCUCAAUGGAGAACGGGAGUGAUGUCGGAAAUGUGUUGGAUCGACUGAUCAGAGGAAUCAAGGUGAAUAUAAUUUUUUGUUCAUAAUGGUGGAUAAUGGGCUGUAAAAGAAGGCUAAAGGUGCCACAAAUAUUUUUGACGAACUUAGCUUGAAUUUAACCCAAAAGAAUUUUUUUUGUCAAGUUUUCAAAGUAGGUACACCAAGGGUAACUUUUCGAUGGGUACCUAAAAAAGUUUUUUUGAUCUUCUAGGAAACUUUUUGUUGGCAAAAUUUCAAUGAAAUAGUAUGACUGAAAUUUCUUAUUUUUUGUGUUCCAGUCCAUUGAAAAGCACGUUCCAUUCGCCCGCGACGACCGUCUCGGAUGGCUCACCUUCUGCCCCACCAAUCUCGGCUCCACAGUCCGCGCCUCCGUCCACAUCAAACUCCCCAAGCUGAGCGCCAAGAAAGAUUUCAAAGAGAUUUGCGAAAAGCUGAAUCUUCAAGUCCGAGGAAUCCAUGGAGAACAUUCGGAAUCCGAAGGCGGAAUCUACGACAUUUCCAACAAGGCCAGACUAGGACUGUCGGAGGUCGAAGCCGUCAAACAAAUGUACGAUGGCGUCAAGGAACUGAUCCGUCUGGAAAAGGAAGAAAAGUAG